AUGGAAACCGACGACAUGAGCCUCCGAGUCGCCUCCUUCUCUUACUACCUCGACACGGCUAAGGACAACUCGUCGGGACAUCACAAGAUUUCGUCUAACGAAAAAACCGAAUCCCAUACCCUAAAUUCACCACCUUUUAGCAUCAAGAUUUCGAAACCCCAAGAAAACGACAUAAAAAACACGAAAAACCUCCGAUCAACGACAAAUUUCACCUUCUCUCGCCAAACGCUACCUAAAGACGACGAGAUAGGCGUUUUCAAAGCCGACAAGUACUUCAACAUGAAUUUGGAGUACAAAACCGAGCCGAAGACUAUGCACGAGAGCAAAGUUUCCGGACCAAACGUCAUCAACACGAACACGAACAUGACGAGUUCGUGUUCCGAGGCCGGCAGCUGGAACAGCCAAACAGCCCUUAUGCCACCCGGUAAAAAUUUCGGACAAACUACUUCCUCCGAAAAGCCGAAAAGACUUUUCGGAAGGCGAAUUUUCACCGGGCUUGGCUGCAAUGGCCCGUGUUUCGACAAAAACUCGGUACGCGUCCACCUCGGAGUACCGAAAGUCACAAAAAACGGCCACCACAGCCGUCUAACGAAAGACGAGCCAAGGAAGUCGAUCGAGGUUUUCGGGUCGAAUAAAAACGCGGCGAAAAAUGACGUGGCUACCGAUAUGGAGAGGAAGCUCUCGAUGCUGACGUGGGACGCGAUUCCAAUAAUACACGAGAAAACGGUCGAAGUCGACAUGGCCAGCGAGGCGAGCUCCGACUUGUUCGAGAUCGAAAACAUUUCCGGCCGCUCGGUUACCUUUUCGCCACGCGGGCUGGCAGUGGGCCCCACAGGGGACGACGAAGCCGAGUGCAUGAAUUACGAUUAUGCCCCUAGCGAGGCCAGCAGCAUUCAGUGGAGCGUGGUCACGGCUAGCGCAGCAGCGAAUUAUUCUUCGGUUAAUCUCUCGGAUUUUAACGACGAGAGCGUGAGUUUGGCGAAUAAAAGUUCGAAAAAAGUCGAUGAGGUUAAGAAGAAGGGUCGAUUAUCGGUCGGGAUAAACUUGGGGUGCAAGAAUCAGAAGGCGGUUGAAGUUGCGGCGGAGAAUAAUGUCGUGGGCCCGAAGAUGAUGAUGAGCUGUCAUCAUGUCGAGAAAUCGAAGCUAAUUAGUCAGGAAAUGAAAUAG